ACUGGAAAUAUGCUUACUGGAGAGAUACCAAAGCAAAUUGGGAAUCUCAACAAGUUGCAAGUUCUUUCUCUCUAUAGAAAUAUGCUUACUGGAGAGAUGCCAAAACAAAUUGGAAAUCUCAGCAAGUUACAAGACCUUGAUCUUGCAACAAACAGGUUAUGCGGACCUCUUCCUGAGAAUUUGGGGUAUUCAUGUCCAAUGAUUAAAAGGUUGUACAUUUCAAACAACAAGUUGGAAGGCAUAGUGACUGAAAAUCACUUUGUUAAUCUCACAAAGUUAACCACUUUAGAUGCAUCUGGAAAUAGAUUAACCAUGCGUGUCAAUCCAAACUGGACACCUCCCUUCCAACUUGAUCGGCUUUAUCUAAGUGGCUGGAAUUUGGGGCCUCAAUUUCCUCUUUGGUUGCAAUCUCAACAUCAAAUUUCUGUGGUGGACAUUUCUAAUGCUGGAAUAGAGGGUGAGCUUCCAACUUGGUUAUGGAACUUUUCUUCUCAAAUUGAAUUAGUUAAUGUUUCACACAACCAAUUGCGAGGCCAAAUUCAAAACAUACCAUCUCAUUCAACUAGAGAGAUUGGUAUGUCUUUCUCAGUAUUCUUGAGCUCUAACCAAUUUAGUGGUCCCUUACCUCGUAUUUCUAUCCACAUAAUUGGGUUAGACUUGUCAAACAAUUCAUUCUCAGGAAAUGUUUCUAAGUUCUUUUGCCAUGCACAAAAGGUACCAUAUGAACUCAGAAUACUUCAUUUGGGAGGAAAUGAUUUAUUUGGAGAAAUUCCAGAUUGUUGGAUGCAUUGGCCAUACUUAAGAGUCCUAAAUAUGAAGGAAAACAAAUUGAAUGGAAGCAUUCCAAAUUCUAUUAGGCUUUUGAGUCGUUUGGAAUCUUUGGACAUGCACAAGAACAUGCUUUCUGGCCCUAUACCUUCAUCAUUGCAAAAUUGCACGCUUUUGUUGAAAAUUGAUUUGGCUGAAAAUGGAUUCACAGGAAAGAUUCCAAGAUGGUUGGGGACUAGACUUUUAAAUUUGACAAUUUUUAGACUCCGAUCAAAUAAGUUUUAUGGUGAAUUUCCUCUAGAAUUUUGCCAUCUUAAAUCACUCCGCAUUUUAGAUCUUUCUAAUAACAACUUCUCUGGUGUGAUUCCUCGGUGUCUUAAAAAUCUCACUGCAAUGAUCGAUGAAGACGAGAUUCAAGAUGAAGAAUUUGAAAUGGGUUAUUCAUUGUUUGGUUGGGGAUUUGGUGAGAAUGCUAUAGUGACGACCAAAGGGCUAGAGUAUGAGUAUUACACAGUCAUUCUAUCGUUGUUUGUUGGCAUGGAUCUUUCAAGUAACAAUUUUUUGGGGGACAUUCCAAUUGAAUUGGCCAAUCUUGUGAGAUUGAUAUCCUUAAACUUAUCAAGAAAUAACUUGACGGGAAAUAUCCCCAUGGAGAUGGGAAACAUGAGAUUCCUAGAAUCUCUUGAUCUUUCAAGAAAUCAACUUUCAGGGAAAAUUCCCUCUAGCUUCUCAAGUUUGUCCACUCUAGGAGUUUUGGACUUGUCAUAUAACAACCUAUCUGGGAAGAUACCUUCAGGUACUCAACUUCAAGGUUUUAAUGCUUCAUGCUACAUUGGUAACAACCUCUGUGGCCCUCCGCUCUUACAAUGUUGUAGUGUUGAUGAUGGCAAAAUUCCAAAAAGUGAAUAUAAAGGAGAUGAUAGUUCUGAAGUAGUGGAUUGGUUUUAUGUUAGCAUGGCUAUAGGAUUUGUAGUGGGCUUUGCAGUGGGCUUUUGGGCGGUCUGUGGUUCUUUGUUUCUUGGGCUUUGGGAGGAUUGUUUAUUUUCAAUUUUUAGAUGACAAGUUGAAGUCUGUUUUAGUGUGGGCACAUGCUCUGAGGGUAUAAUGUUUCUGGUGUUCUCUACUGUUAGGAAUCUAUGCAUAUUGAGAUGUAUGAUUUAGU